AUCGGACGCUAGGGGAUCAAGACGCGAGCCACAUCGCCUCUAUGUGGGCACUUUAACAGAUCUUUCGGGGGUUUUUUUCCCAGUAAGGGGGCUGAGGAGGGAGGACUUUUUUAUGUCCAUUGUCUGAUGACUGUUUGCACGGCUGAUUAUUGAGUUGAUUGUUUAUUAUUUUGGCUGCUGUUGCCCGUCGCCCUUGUGCGUCUUUUUUUUAUCCUCCCCUUUUUGGAAUCGGCGACCCCACACUGCAGCGCACCAAUGUCCUAUCCUCAGGGUUACCUCUACCAGCCCCCGGGCUCUCUGGCUCUUUAUUCGUGUCCGGCGUACGGGGCCUCGGCUCUGGCUGCCCCGCGGAGCGAAGACCUAGCGCGGUCUUCCUCCGGCUCAGCCUUCAGCCCUUACCCUGGAUCGGCUGCUUUCUCCGCGUCGGCCGGCGCAGGCUUCUCCAGUCCGCUGUCAUACUCCACGGAUCCGACGACGGGCUUCCCAUCCUACAUGAGCUCUCCAUAUGACGCACACACGACGGGCAUGGCGGGGGCGCUGAGUUACCACCCAUACGGGAGCCCCGGGUACCCAUACCAGCUCAACGACCCGGCUUACCGCAAGAACGCCACCAGGGACGCCACGGCCACCCUGAAGGCCUGGCUGCAGGAGCACAGGAAGAACCCGUACCCGACCAAAGGGGAAAAGAUCAUGCUGGCCAUUAUCACCAAGAUGACCCUGACGCAGGUCUCCACGUGGUUCGCCAACGCCCGGCGGAGGCUCAAGAAGGAGAACAAGAUGACCUGGGCGCCCAGGAAUAAGAGCGAGGACGAGGACGAGGAGGACGGGGACGGGGAGAGGAAGGAGGUGGAGCGCUCCGAGAAGAACCUGGACAACAGCGAGGCGUCGGCGGAGGAUGAAGGAAUCAGUUUGCACGUCGACACUCUGACGGACCACUCCUGCCCCUCGGAGUCUGACGGGGAGAAGGUCAGUUGUCGCGUGGCCGAGCUGAGCUCCGACCAAGCCGGCGACAAGUGCGACGACGACGGCGAGGACCAGAACCACGACCCGCGGGCUCAGCUCUCGCCCAAGGCCGUCACGUCGUCUCCGCUCACGGGAGUGGAGGCGCCGGUUCUCGGUCACCACCACCAACACCAUCUCCACCACCACCUGCAUCACCUCCACCACCUCCACAGCCAGCGGGAGGAUCUGGCUCGGAGCCUCGUCAACAGCAGGAGCACCAGCGCCAGUAAAUCGUCCCCGUGCCUGGAGAGCCGGGCUCCGUCGGGGGCGCCUCAGAACCCCGCAGCCAAGCCCAAGCUGUGGUCGCUGGCGGAGAUUGCUACCUCGGACCAAAAGCAGCAACAUCCGCAGCAGCAGCCACCGGGGCAGCCUGCAGGGCAACCGACCUGCCCCUCCUCCUCCUCCGGCGGGGGCCUCCUCACUCCCCCCACGUCCUCCACCAGCUCCCCGGCUGCCAGCUCCCCCUCCCUCUACCCGGCCCCCUCCAUCCUUGGAAGACCUAUUUAUUACACUUCUCCCUUUUAUAGCAAUUACACAAACUAUGGCAACUUCAGCCCCCUGCAGGGCCAAGGGAUCCUGCGCUACACUAAUUCUUCUGGAGUGAGUCUGGCCGCAGCCGCCGCCGCCGCCGCCGCUGCUGCUGCUGCAAACGAGGGCCUGAGCUCCUCGCACCAGGCGCUGGAGGCGAGCACGAACCCCAAGCACAGGCCAGACUCCCCCCUCGUUAAAAAUAACCCAAACCACAUUGUUGUUGUCGAGCAGCAGCAACAACAGCUUUUCAGAGCCGCAAAUUUAGAGGCAAAGAAAGGUACGUAAUCAACAUGAUGCGGCACCCACGUCCCAUAAGUGAUUUGAAAACUUAUUUAAUCUAGUGUUGAAACUUGAGAUUGUAUUUUUCUUAAAGAAAAGAGAGAAAAAAAAAAACACUGGUGGGGAAAUCUCUUCAUGGUGGAAGUAAAAUGAAAUGAGUUACUUGUCUCCAAUGCAAAUCAACUGGUUUUUCUUUGUCUUGUUGUUGGGACAAACUGGGAAGACUGGGUCUGUUUUAUUUUAUUUAUUUAUUUCAAACAAGUGGCAUCACCAGACACUAUUUACAGAUUUUCCAAUAAGAUUUUAGGACCGGAUAUGAGACUAAACGACUUAUUGAGAAGGACUUUCGUUUAUGGCCUAUAAUUCGUUUUUCAGUGCAGUUCAUUUUCUGCAGUAAUCUGUUUAUGACUUAUUUUUUAACUGUAUGCACAUUUCUGAAUCUCACACAAUCAUUAAGAGUGAGCUCAUUUCACCUUCAUGCAACAGGCAAUGAGAAACCAUAGGGAUAUAAUAAGAAAAAGCAUAUUGCGAACAAAUGUUGCAAGAGGACACCAACAUAUAUGGACAUUGAAAUGAGCCCGUGAAGGAAUCAGGCUAAUCACACACACACACGCGCGCGCACGCACACACGCGCAGAAAUGUUGCCACAGCUUUGAGCAGGAAUCCUACUUUUAAUGUUUCCUCUGAUGUGUGCGCGCGUGUGUGUGUGUGUGUGCGUGCAUGUGAGCGUACGGCACGCGCACAGUAGGCCCCAAACCUUAUCUUUCAGCGUAUGGGAUAAUUAUAAUUACACCAGGGUCAGCCAAAAGCAAACAGAUCAGUGAGUUUGCUCUGUGCGUUCAUCGUCCAACUUUAUUACAUCUUCAAAUGUCACUUAGGUAAUCACGGCGGUUCCUUUACGCACAUCCAAAGCUAUGCGCACAUGUCGUUUUCACCGGGGAUUCUAAUAAGCACUUACAGCAUAAUACAUGGAGCUGUGUUUUUUUUUUCUUUUCUUGGCCAGAGCCAGUCUGACAGUUGAUCACGAAGGUGUAUUCGUGUGGGGAUUUUCUUUGGGUUGUUGUUUUAUUUCCAUGCUCUGCAGGUAGGUGUCACAAUUGCUUUGACUAUAAAGCGAGGAAUGGCACCACCUAUGGCCUCAUGUCAUAACCCUCAUAACCUUUGCUCCAAACCGGAUCUAGUGCCACCACAUAGUCGGGAUGAACGCUGCUACUCCGCCUCCUCAGCUCCACACACGCAGGCUGAGACACACCACAACACACAGUAUUUGUCAGAUUAUUAUUAUUAUUAUUAUUGUUGUUGUAAUGUUUCAGUUUUGUUUUCUUAAUUAUUUUGAGAGGUUGAAAAAAGAGAGAUCUCCCAUUGUAUGUGAUUUACAUGUUAUUUCUCAGGUUCCUAUAGUUUGCUUAUUUGCCACAGUAUAUUAUGUUAGUAUAUAUUUAAGUGUGGAUAAAACAAGUUAAACAUAAUUUGGCCUUUCUUGGAGAACCGUGUUUGUGUAAGGAGGUGUCACGGGACGCAGGGCGCGCGGAGCUGAAGUCAACUUGAGGACUUCAAAGUGGAAUAGCCUACAUUUGAUAUUUAUUUUUUUAAAUGGUGGCGAAAUGAUGCCUAGAAUAAUAAUUUAUGCAAGUUGUAUUGCAACAAAAAAAACAUGGGAAGCUGACAUCGUCUGUUUGUUUUGUAAAUAUAUAUAUUAUGGACGCUUUUUAUUUGAGACGCAUUUGGGAAAAGAAGCUACACAAUCUUGUUAUCAGGAGUACUUUUACUAAUUUAUAUCUUUGAAUGUAAAUAAAAUAAAAAUGGUAUAGAUGUACU